AUGCCGUCAGUUCAGCGUGAAGCAGCCACAGGCCCUGACGGAGUGCAGGUGUCUACUUCAGAGCAACUCAGCACUCCAGGUUGCUUUUUCCCCGAGCAAACACGAACGCGCAGAAGGGCAGUUUUCCAUCGACUGAGGCUGGUGCGGAAUGGGAUGGCACAGAAGCCGCACUUCGGCGUCUUCCUGACAGACAACGAGGCCCGUGUUGGGUGUUCUUUUGAGCCAUGUAAGCCGUCCAUUCUUGGUGCGCACGCAAAGGCCAUGCUGCUCGCCUUGUUGCAAGUGCUCCUGUUAGAAGACGUGGAGCCUUCAGAGGUUGCCUUCGGCGGCGCCGACUCCCGGCGAAUGCUUGAACCUGUGAGCUGGAGCGAGGUCUACAUGCCAGAGCUCGGCUACUGGAUCGUGCCCAUUCUGGCGGUUCGUGUCGGCGGUGUUGAGCUGGACUUCUGCAAGGAUGGCACUUGCCGGGGAGUGGUCGACACAGGGACCAGCCAUUUGGGUGUUCCUGGUCCUUACGACAAGGAGCUGUCGCAGAUGCUCCAGGUCGAUGCAGGAGACCUCCUCGACUGCCGCCUUGCCAAGAGCCCAACGGUGGAGAUCGAUCUGCCGGGGAAGACCAUUGAGCUGCUUCCAGCAAGCUACAUGCGCCGGCUGCCGCUGCGCGAGGGCGUCUCUGUAAGCUCCGAGAAAGGAGUGACUGUCGACGAUGAAGGGGACAAGAAAAAGAAGAGUUCGAAGGCAAAGACCGCCCUUAGACCUGGCUACCACCUUGUCUACGUCGGGGCAAACAAGAAUAACUCGGCAAGGUGUGUCAGGCCGCCACACGCAGUGCAGUGCGAUCCGGAAGCAGCCAACCGACGCAACGACAUCUACAAUGACAAGUUCCUCGUCUCCGCGAAAGGUGAGGAGAUUUGCGUUGAGCGAGUGGAUCAGCCAGGAGCUUCUUGGGGCUUGGAUCUGGAGUUCCUCUGCCCGAACCCCCAUACCGCCGGCCUUGAGGGGCCAAAGCAGAAAGGGGUGGAGGCGAUCUACCUCGGCCGACAGGAUGGCAGCGAGAGGUGUGUGCAGCCUUUCGCGGAGGUGAAGUGUGAGGACACAGAGCAGUUCCUGGUUCGCCCGAAGAACAGCCAGAUUUGCGUCACCCCGCGCUCGGUGCCCAACGAAAUCGAAGAGGCGGACCUCGUCCUCCGAUGCACAGAGGUGGCCCACACAGCAUUGGAGGGCAUGGAGGAGCUGGUGAUUGGCAGUCACUUCGGCGAGACGACGGAGAAGUGCAUCCAGCCUCAUGUCCCCGUGACUUGCGACGUGGACGCAGCCAACAGGAGAAAGGACCAGUUCCCCGAUCGCUUUGAAGUGUUCGCCAAGAAGGAAACGAUUUGCGUCAAGAGGAUUGAUGGGAACAGCGUUCAGUGGGGUCUGAACCUCAUCAUCCACUGCAAGCCUCUUCUGGCGGAUGCCAAGGACAGCGAAGAUCCGAGGCCAGAGAAGCUUGAGAACGAGGUGAAAGCCGGACAAGAAGAGAAGCCAGAGAAGGACGGAUCAGAGGCUCAAGAAGCGGUCGAGAAGUCCGGGGAGAAGUCCCAGGAGGCAGAGAAGGAGGAUGCCAAGGAGGAUACCAAGGAGGAGUCCAACGAGGAGGCCAAGGAGGAUGCCAAGGAGGAGUCCAAGGAGGAGACCAAGGAGGAUGCCAAGGAGGAGGCUUUCGUGCACACGCUCAGUACGACUUGCUCCCGUGAGGCGGAACUGCAGCCCGUUUUCGCAGCUCACGCUCACGAGCCUGCUUUGUUUGCAGCCGUUGCGUGGGGUGGGGGGGAGGGAGUGGGGUAA